GGCGUGGUUGUGGGCUGUGGGCGGCGCACACGCCCAAUCUCUCUGCACAUACUCUCUCUCUCUCUCACCCUCUCUCUCCCUCCCUCUCACACACACAAACAAACACACGCGCGCUUCCAGUCGCCGAGUCCGUGCAGCCGCUCCGGAGCGAGACCGCAGCGUGACAGGGGCGAAUGCCACCGACGGGCAGACACGCGGAGGAAUGAAUCAAGCAUAGCAUCUCCACGCGCCCUGGGGAGUUCAAUUCCCAUACUCCGGAAAACUUCGCACCUAAGGAGACGUAUGUGCGCAAGUCUUGCUGAUUGAGAGGAACAAUAUGGGCGUAACUGUACACAGGGGCUCUCUGCUGCUGGUGCAUCUCUUGCUUACCUGUCAAAUAGCUGAAGUGGCGCACGGAUACUUCAGAACCCAACGCAAGUUCUCCGACGGCAUCGACUGGUCAUACACAGGAACUUUAAACCAAAAAAACUGGGCUAAAAAAUACCCAUCAUGCAGCAGUGCCAAGCAGUCCCCUGUUGACAUCGACGAGGCCUUCGCGCGGGUCAGAGUUCAGUUUCAGCAGCUGAGGUUCGAGGGCUGGGGCCACCAAACAGCCAGCAACACCACCAUCCAUAACGAUGGGAAAACAGUCACGGUGGACCUGGCUGGCGAGUUCUACCUGAGCGGAGGGGGCCUGAGGUCAAGGGUCAAGGUGGGCCGGAUGACCUUCCACUGGGGGCGGUGCAACGCCUCGGCCGACGGGUCCGAGCACAGCCUCAACGGCGCCAAGUUCCCGCUGGAGAUGCAGAUCUGGGGCUUCGAGGCCGACAAGUUCGAAAACGUUUCAGAGGCGAUGAUGAACGGAGGAAGACUAACGGCUCUGUCCAUCCUCUUCAAGGUCGGUCCAGAAGAUAACGACAAGUACGGGCCAAUCAUUGACGGGGUGAACUCUGUGAGCCGAUUCGGUAAAAGCAGCACCGUGGAGCCCUUCUUCCUGCUGGAUCUCCUGCCAGACUCCACGGAGAAGUACUACAUCUACAACGGCUCGCUCACCACCCCCCCCUGCUCUGAGACUGUGGAGUGGGUAGUGUUUAAGGACACCGUGUCCAUCUCUGAGCCCCAGCUGGAAGUGUUCUGUGAGGUGAUGACGAUGCAGCAGUCUAGCUUCGUGAUGCUGAUGGAUUACCUGCAAAAUAACUUCAGGGAGCAGCAGCAGUUCAUGGGCCAGGUCUACUCCUCAUACACGGGGAUAGAGGAAGUGCACAUGUCCAGUACGCGUCUGCAGCCGUGCUGAAGACGUCUGCAGGCGGACCCUCAGAACUACACCAGCGCGCUGGUGACGUGGGACAGGCCGCGGGUGGUGUACGACAGCAGCAUAGAGCGCUACUCCGUCACCUACCAGCGGCUGCAGGGCCGGGACCCCCCCAAACAGGAGUACCUGACCGACGGAGACCAGGAUGUGGGGGCUAUAAUCCAGCGGCUGUGGGCGAACAGUAGCUACGUGGUCCAGGUGGUGGCGCUGUGCUCUAACGGGCUGCUCGGCCGUAUCAGCGACCAGGUGAUCGUGGACAUGCCCCUGGACGACCCCGAAACAUAUCCUGACCCUUUUUCAGAUGCCCCUGAAACCAGAGAUGAUUUGAAGGUGCAGUACCAGCCCGGGCCCCCGACCCCGGUCCCAGAUCAGAACCAGGGCGGCCCGGGGGACCGGGAGACCGAGGGAUCGGGGUCCGGGUUCCCCCUCUCCAGGGCCACGGAGGGCCCCUCUCAGACCCCCGUCACGGAGCACGGGCCCCUGGUCUGGUCCCGAGAGCACGCAGAACGGCCCGCCGAGCGGCCCGAGCCCCCCCACACCUCCGUCGCUCCCCCUAGUGCGCCCCCUGCUGACGGCGGGGCAGUUAGCAGCGUUUACCCCGGAGCCGGUGUUCACCGUGAAACUGCGCUCAGCACGACCGCCUCCGUGCCGCUCUCCGACACCGGGCCCCGUCACGCCCCGCCCACGCUGUCCGACAGCGGUGUGAGCGAGGCCACGCCCCUCCCCGAAACCCCGGCAACCGCAACCCCGCCCCCGCCCGUCUGGGAGACCCCCCCGAGGCCCACGGCCCCCAGCACCAGACACACCACCACCCCCGCCCCGCUCAGCACCUCCACCCUCAGGACCGUCCAUUCCUACACCACCCAGCCUCAGUCUAAUGGGGCCAGUAACAGCAGCCGCGAGUCUCGGAUUGGCCGCGUGGGUUUUGGGGAGCGGGAGAGGCGUGCGGUGGUGCCCCUGGCCGUAGUGUCCACUCUCACCUUCGUCUGCCUCAUGGUCCUCGUGGGACUCUUCAUCUACUGGCGGCAGUGCUUCCAAACUGCUCAUUUCUACAUCGAGGAAGAUGCCUCACCCAGGGUCAUCUCUGCUCCUCCUACUCCUGUACUGCCCCCUACAGAUGAAUGUGAGCCUCUGACCGUGAAGAAGUUUGUGAGGCACGUGGCUGAGCUCCACGAGACUGACGGGUUCUCCCGCGAGUUUGAGAUAUUGAAAGAGUGUUACGAGGAAGUCCAGGCGUACUCGGCCGACCUUCCCGUGACCUCGGACAGCUCCAGUCACCCGGACAACAAGAACAAGAACAGAUACAUGAACAUCCUGGCCUACGAUCACAGCCGAGUCCGACUAUCGUCAAACCCCGACAGGGAGGACAAGGCCAGAGACUACAUUAACGCCAACUACGUGGACGGUUUUAACAGACCUCGCGCGUACAUCGCCGCCCAGGGGCCCCUCAAAGCCAGCACAGAGGACUUCUGGAGGAUGGUGUGGGACCACAGGGUGGGCGUGGUCAUCAUGAUCACCAACCUGCUGGAGAAGGGCAGGAGGAAGUGUGACCAGUACUGGCCAGCGGAGAGCCAGGAGGAGUACGGCUGCUUCCUGGUGACGCUGAAGAGCACCAAGGUCCUGGCCUACUACACGCAGAGAACCUUCACCCUGAGGAACACGCAGGCCAGGAAGGGUUCUCUGAAGGGGCGGGGCCAGGAGCAGACCGUGCUGCAGUACCACUACACCCAGUGGCCCGACAUGGGCGUGCCCGAGUACGCCCUGCCCCUGCUCAGCUUCGUGCGCAGGUCCUCCCAGGCCCGGCCUGCCGACGGGGGGCCCGUGGUGGUCCACUGCAGUGCUGGAGUGGGCAGGACGGGCACCUACAUUGUCCUGGACAGCAUGUUACAGCAAAUCAAAGAGCAGGGAACGGUCAACGUCCUGGGCUUCCUGAAGCACAUCCGCACGCAGAGGAACUACCUGGUGCAGACUGAGGAACAGUACAUCUUCAUCCAUGAUGCUCUGGUGGAGGCCAUUCUGAGCAGGGAGACCGAGGUUUCCUCCUCUUGUAUCCACGGUUACGUCAAUGACCUUCUGACCCCAGGACAGUCAGGCCGGACCAGUCUGGAGAGGCAGUUCAAGCUGAUCAGCCAGUCCAGCCCCAAGCAAAGUGACUACACCAGCGCCCUCAGCCCCUGCAACAGGGAGAAGAACCGCAGCGAGUCUCUCUUACCUGUGGAGAGGUCCAGGGUGUGUCUGUCCACAGUAGUGGGGGAGACCUCGGACUACAUCAACGCCUCCUACGUCACAGGUUACCACCGGAGCUGUGAGUUCAUCCUGACACAGACUCCACUUCCCAGCACCACUCUGGACUUCUGGAGGAUGGUGUGGGACCACAACACCCAGGCCAUCGUCACGCUGCCCGACCCACAGGCCCCGCCAGAGGAGGAGGACGAGGUCGGGGCGUUCUGGCCCAGUAAGGAACAGCCAAUCAGGUGUGAGAUGUUCACCGUCACCCUGACGGGUGAAAACGGCGUCUGCCUGUCCAACGAGGACAUGCUGGUGGUGCAGGACUUCAUCCUGGAGGCCACUCAGGAUGACUAUGUGCUGGAGGUGAGGCGUUUCCAGUCUCCCCGAUGGCCCAAUCCAGACAGCCCUAUCAGUAACAGCUUUGAGCUCGUCGCCAUGGUGAGGGAGGCCAGCGCGUCAGGAGACGGUCCCGUGGUCGUCCAGGACCCGUACGGCGGCAUCACCGCGGCGACCUUCUGUGCCCUGUGGACCCUGUCUCAGCAGCUGGAGAUGGAGAACUGCACGGACGUCUUCCAGGUGGCCAAGAUGACCAACCUGAUGAGACCCGGGGUCUUCACCGACAUCGAGCAGUACCAGUUCCUCUACACCGCCCUGCUGAGCCUGGUGAACAACAAGGAGGACGAGAGAACGCUGCAGUCCUCGGACAACAACGGGACCGUCCCCUGCAGCGCAGGGAGCGUGGCAGAGAGCCUGGAGUCUCUGGUAUAACCCCACGGGAGCGGCCUGGGAGGGCCCACUGCAGGAGCGGCGCUCGGGUACAGCAUUCAGGAGAAAGCGCCUGUGUGUUUCCCCUGAAUCGCCCCUGAACCGCCCCUGAAUCACCCCUGAACCACCCCUGAAUCCUGCACUGCAGCUGGUCAGACAGCACUGCCGCCCGUACCUGUAAGAUAUUUUAAUGUGUGCCUUUGCAAAUUUGUUUCAUACUUUUUACUGCAUUUAUAUGAUUUUAUCUGAACUAAUGGAAUUUUUUUUAAACGACCGCAGUCUUGCAGGUCCGUUUAGUUUCAUGUGUCCGAGAUUUAUUUGUCUGCUGUUCGGCAAAACAAAAGGAUAAAAAAGCAACAUUUGUAAUAUUACUAUAUUUUUUGUAGAGAGCAUUUACAGUGUUUUACAGAUAGACAUAUUGUAAAUAUGACUGUUUCUAGUGUGUACAAAUGGUGCCAGAGAUGGACCAGGAGCAUGGAAUACUACUCUAAUAUGUAAAGCAUAUUACAGUGGCCAUGCGAACAGACCAAAACUCUAUUUAUGCUUCUAAUUUUAUAUUUUACUACAGAGUCAUUUUUCAAGCAAUUUUGAAUUUUAGAUUGUGACUGGGCUUUAUUAAGUCAUGUAGUUGACAGAUUAAAUCUAAUAUUUCUGACAAUGCAGUGUUCCUUUUUUUGUAGAAUUGUUUGAUUUCUGGAUUAUCGCUGAUUAAUGUUGAUU